GCAACAUUACUGUAAAGACGUCUUCGUUUGGGUGAAGAGGUGGUUGCGGACGGUCAACCAGUUUUUUAUACUCAAAUAAGCUCAAUUAACAUCAUAUUUACCACAAUGAUAGGUAUUUUAAUAGCUAUUCGAAAUUCAGUAUCUAAUGAGAAAGAACAAUCCAAUUAAAGCUACUAUUUCCAGACUGUCAAUAUUGACAAGCAGUUCAGGAUGUCUAAGCGUGGAGCAGAUGAUGGGGGCAACGGCAGUGGCCAGCCCCCGAUCAAGAAGGUUCAUUUUGAACCUCACCUCAUUGGGCCAGUGUCCACUCUGGAGGAAAUGGACAUCAAAGUCCUUCAAUUUCAGAAUAAAAAGUUAGCUCAGAGAAUAGAACAGCGCCAUAGGUGUGAAGCAGAAUUGCGGGCUCGGAUUGAACAGCUAGAGAAGCGACAAACUCAGGAUGAUGCGGUGCUGUGUGUUGUCAACCGAUACUGGAACUUGCUGAAUGAAGACAUCAGGGUGCUGCUGCAGAGAUUUGAUGCGGAGACUGCUGAUGAGUCAGAAAAUAAAAAUGAAAAUGAAGCUACAACAUCAUUCCUCAUGCAAUUAUCAACUUGGGACAAGGAGGAACUGGACGCCCAGUUGGCUAACCGGGUGCAAGUGAGCAAGCGAGCGGUAGCCAAGGUUCUGCAGGCGUUCGAUCGGCUGCAACAGAGGAAUGAGAAGAUCUGGAGGGCUAUUAAAGGAGAAGCCGAGGAGGGCGCCCCAACCCUGGACGAAACCAUCCGCGCGACCAACGCCGAGGUGACGGCAGAAAGCCGCCGCCUGCAGGCGCAGUGCACCGCCCUACAUGAGAAACACCACGCCAUGACGCUCCGAGUCGCUCAACUACAAGACGCUGUCAAUAGUCGGGAUACAGAGAAUGCAGAGCUGAAGAACCAGAUUGAUGAUCUCCAGUACGAGUUGUUAAAGAUCCGGUCCCGCAACGACAAGCUAGAGAACCACCUGGCCGAGGCCAUCGAGAAGCUGAAGAGCUACCACCAGGCCGGCGCGCCGCCCACCGCCGCGCCCGCGCCCGCCGUGUCCACCGUGGCCGCCGCCAAGCUCGAGGACGUCGCUGCUGAGUUAGAGGAGCAAAGAGAAUUGGCUAAUAAUCGGCUGGCAGAACUGGAUCGCUUACACAGGCAACAUAGGGAUGCGUUGAAGGAAGUUGAGAAGCUGAAAAUGGAUAUCCGACAACUGCCAGAAUCGGUGAUAGUGGAGACAACGGAGUACAAGUGUCUUCAGAGCCAGUUCUCGGUGCUGUACAACGAGUCCAUGCAGAUGAAGACCGCGCUCGACGACACGCGGCUGCAGCUGCAGAACGCCAAGAACCUGCACAUGCGCCAGAUAGAGAUGAUGGAGAGUGAAGAGCUAGCCAGACAAAAAGCUCUCAGAGCUGAGAUGAUCCAAUUAGAAGAUGUUCUCGGACAACUGCGGAAAGAGUACGAGAUGCUCCGCAUAGAGUUCGAGCAGAACUUAGCAGCGAACGAACAGACUGGCCCGAUCAACAGGGAGAUGAGGCAUCUCAUCACGUCGCUGCAGAAUCACAACCAGCAGCUGAAGGGGGAGGUGCAUCGGUACAAGCGGAAAUAUAAGGAUACUAGUCAAGAGUUGAAUAAGGUGCGUAAAGAGUUGGAGGAGGCGGGCGCGCGGCCGAGCACGACGUCGGACACGCACGACGAGAAACCGCUCGCCGUCAAGAAGGAGGAGCCCGAUCCAGAGGGCGAGGAGGCGGCGACGGCGGGGGUGCCGGCGGGCGCGGCGGAGGCCAAGUCUGCGGCCGCCAAGGACCACUCGCGGGCCCGCCUGCAGGAGCAGGACCUGCUCAUCAAGGACCUCAAGCAGCAGCUCAAGAAAGCAGUGAACGAGCAGAAAGAGUUGAAGCUCCUACUAGACAUGUACAAAGGCGUGAGCAAGGAGCAACGCGACAAGGUGCAGCUCAUGGCGGCCGAGCGCAAGGCGCGCCAGGAGUUAGAGGACCACCGCCAGAAGACCAAGAUGAUGCAGGAAAGCAAGCGAGAGCGGCGACUGGCAGAUGAAGACGCGCUUCGCAAAAUCAAGCAGCUGGAGGAGCAGAAGUACGAGCUGCAGAAGCAGCUGUCGUGCGCGCGCCCCAACGCCGACCCGCUGCACUUCUCCCGACCCUUCGCCGGCUCACAGGAGGAAGAAGCGUUACUAAACGAGAUGGAGGUGACCGGGCAAGCGUUCGAAGACAUGCAGGAGCAGAACUCGCGCCUCAUCCAGCAGUUGAGAGAGAAGGACGACGCGAACUUCAAGCUCAUGUCGGAGCGGAUCAAGGCCAACUCGCUGCACAAGUUGCUGCGGGAGGAGAAACAGUUGCUGCAAGAAAAGGUGGUGACUCGGGACCAGCAGAUAGAUUCGAUGGGCGCAGUAGCGCGACGACUGGAAGAGAAGGAGCGGCUACUGCAGACCACGCUGUCCGCCGUCGAGAAGGAGCUCCUCCUCCGGCAGCAGGCCAUGGAGAUGCACAAACGGAAGGCCAUCGAGUCCGCGCAGUCCGCCGCCGAUCUGAAGUUGCAUCUCGAGAAAUACCACGCACAGAUGAAGGAAGCUCAGCAGGUGGUCGCGGAGAAAACGAGCGCGCUGGAAGCGGAGGCAUACAAAACUAAGAGAUUACAUGAGGAGCUAGCGGUACUGCGGCGCAAGGCGGAACGCAUGAAAAAAAUGGAGCAGGCCGGCAGCAGCAUGGACGAGGUGCUGCUCGAGGAGAUACGAGAGUACAAGGAGACGCUCACCUGCCCUUCUUGCAAGGUGAAACGCAAGGACGCAGUGUUAACGAAAUGCUUCCACGUGUUCUGCUGGGACUGCCUGCGCACGCGCUACGAGACGCGCCAGCGCAAGUGCCCCAAGUGCAACGCGGCCUUCGGCGCCAACGACUACCACCGCCUCUACCUCUCCACCUAGACCAGCGGGGGAUCAUGGGUUAGGCAAGGCUGUAGGUGUAGCAGAUCUAUACAGAUGUCUUAGCUACGUGCGAAGUAUUAGACGACUAAAAGCGUACACGGCGCAUGUCAUGGCAAAAUAAUGAAUUUUAAUGCAAAGCCGCCUUCGGCGCCAUCGACUACCACCGUCUCUACCUCUCCACCUAGACCAGCAGAGGGAGAUCAUGGGUUAGCCGUAGGUGUAAUAGAUCUAAUAGAUCUACUUAAGAGGUCUCUAUAUACGAAAUGCGAGGGAGGUAAAAGCGUAGACGCAGAAUGUUAGGGAAAAAAAAAACUGUUUGCUUAAAUUGUCACAUUAGUGGACAUCUGUCAACUGUUCAAUAAGUAAGGAGUGCCAUGACGCUUCAAACUCGUACAUUUGCACGUAGCUAAUAGCUUCUGGAUAGCCAUGCGCCGGUGGAAAAUUGACUGAGUGGUUCAUCGCAACCUACUUAGACCACUAUCAGUAGUUGAGAAGUUGAUAAGAGUUGAUAGAACUGCUAUGAGUAUGUGUGACGGAUUUACGCGGAACAGCGUUAGUACUGUUUGAGCGCCGUAGUAUAGUUUGACAAACGAAUUUGGCACUUGGCGAGAAGUUCUAUCGUAUAAUGGUUGUGUGCUCAAUUGAUCUCGGUGAAAUUGUUUAUUUAUUUACAACAACAAAAGUUAUUACGGCGCUCAUGCAAUCAAGUAACAUCGAACCACCACUCUUGAUAUUAUUCAACACAUAAACGCAUGUUCAGAUAUUUGCGAUCCGAUUGUUACUUGACAGCACUUCGCGAAUAAAAUAAGGAAUGUAAUCGGUAAGAAGUAAUGAAGCAAAACUGAGGAAGUAUCACAAUCACAAGAUGUAUUUAUAGCUAAAUCAAAUCGUUGUAGUUGCAAUAUACUUUUUAUUCUUGUUGAUUCAAUAUCAAUUUUAUUAAACUUGAGUUGCUUCUAUUUGAGUAGCGUCAAGGUCCUGUCAGGGUUAGUGGUCGUUUUUGAAAAAGUGAAGUGAUCUAGCUUUCACUUACAUUACGGUCAAACUGAAAAUUGUUGCGAAUGAAAAUGAAAUCUGGUAUUUUCAAUAUUUUCAACUGUCAAUGUCAGUGAAUUUGGAACCCACAACGAUCACAAACUUUGACAUGUUCAUUGUUUAGUAUAAGCAGGCAACCCGAUUAAUUGUAUAAAAUAUUUGUAAAUUAAUUUAAUAAAUUUAAAGACAUGAAAUUUUAUCCAUCGAUGUAUGCAGUUUUCACUGUAAGGUGGAGAAAUUUCAUACCUUUAAGUUAACUUUAGUGGUAAAUAAUUAUGUAGGUUCUCUACUUUAGUUGUAUUCGUUUUGACGUAUGUGGACUAUUAUGUCAAACAUUAUUGCUAUAAUUGAUUGUGUUUGUAAGGAAUGUUUAGAAUGUCAAUCGGGAUAUUUUGUUAUUUAUGCUGAAUAUCAAUAGUGGCCCUGCCAUCCCGACGACGCGUGCGUUUCGGACGCACUAAAGUAUGAAAAUGUCUGUUGUAUUCAGAUACUAUUGACGCUCAGUGUACAGUCAACGGUAAAAAUAUG